CCUCCGGGGAAUCUUCCCCAUAAAUACCGACUCCAGUCUAGACUCUAGACACCCAAACAACCUUCAUCGCAAACCCCCAAUAUUAUUCCAACGGCAGUCUCUCGUCGAAAAUCCCAGAACCAAACCCAAGAAACCAAGAUGACCUCCGCACCAUCACCACCAACAGCAAAAUACGCCCUCCUCUCCUUCCCCCUCCCGCACAUCCUGCUGGUGACGCUCAACCGGCCCCGCGACCUCAACUGCAUCAACUCGCAAGGCCACGCCGAGCUCGCCGCGAUCUGGGAGUGGAUGGACGCUAACCCAGCGAUACGAGUGGGUGUGUUAACGGGGUCGGGGAAGGCGUUCUGCGCUGGCGCGGACUUGAAAGAAUGGCUCACCACAACCACAACCACCACGCAACCCCAACCCCAAGCUCAAAACACAAUCACCUCAAACUCAAACCCAACAACCCCCUCAACCGGCUUCGGAGGCCUCUCCCGGCGCACAGGAAAGAAACCUAUCGUGCUCGCAGUGAACGGACUUUGCCUUGGAGGCGGAAGCGAGAUGGCAGUGAACGCGGACGUGGUGAUCGCGUCGGAGCGGGCGUACUUCGGGUUCCCGGAGGUGGCGCGCGGGGUGGUGGCGUGGGCGGGGGCGCUGCCGCGGCUGGUGCGGACGGUGGGACGGCAGCGGGCGCUGGAGAUGGUGCUGACGGGGCGGAAGGUGAGCGCGUGGGAGGCGCAGCGGUGGGGGUUUGUCAAUGAGGUUGUGUCCGUCGACGCGGAGGGGGAACCCGAGCGGGACGUCGUGCACCGCGCGCUGGAGGUCGCGGGCCGGAUCGCGGCCAAUAGUCCCGAUGCGGUGGUCGUGAGUCGUGCGGGUGUGAACCUGGGGUGGGACGGGGCCGGGGCAGACGAGGCUACCGUUCGGCUCAUGGAGGAGUGGAUGGAGAAGUUGAACGCGGGGGAGAAUAUCAAAGAGGGCUUGAGGGCGUUCGUCGAGAAGAGAAGCCCCAAGUGGGUGGAUAAUUACUAG